UCUGAAAGCAGAAGCAGAGAGAGAGAGAGAGAGAUAAGGAAGUCGUAUAUAAAAUUAUAAAUAUAUAAAUGCAGUUUCUAAAAGAAGGUCUUGCAUAUCACGUCCAAGCCAUAAAAGCCAGUUUUGAGCUAACCAUUUUCACCUCCAAUCAACUCAUUCACUUGUACUCUAAGCAUGGCCUUAUUCGAGAAGCCCAGAAACUGUUCGACGAAAUGCCCCAACGAAACGUCUUCUCUUGGAAUGCCAUAAUCUCCGCCCACAUCAAGGCACGCAACUUGAACCGGGCACGCCAGUUAUUUGACGCUGCCUCUUACAAGGAUUUGGUCACGUAUAAUUCCAUGUUGUCUGGUUAUGUAAGCGCCGACGGGUAUGAGGAUUGUGCGCUUGAGCUGUUUGGCGAAAUGAAGUCACGGGAUGAUCGGAUUCGGAUUGACGAGAUUGGUCUCACGACUAUGCUGAACUUGACUGCCAAGUUGGAAAAUGGGUAUUAUGGGAGACAGUUGCAUUGUUUUAUGGUGAAAACUGCUAAUGAUUUAAGUGGGUUCGCAGUGAGCUCGCUUAUCGAUAUGUAUAGUAAAUGUGGGUGUUUUCAAGAAGCGCGGCGGGUGUUUAGUAGAUAUAGAGGGGUGGUUGAUUUGGUUUCGAAGAAUGCAAUGGUGGCGGCUUGUUGUAGAGAAGGCAAAUUAGAAAUGGCAGAUGAUCUGUUUUGGACAGAGCCGGAGCUGAAUGAUGCUGUGUCUUGGAAUACACUGAUUGCAGGGUAUGUGCAGCAUGGUUUUAAGCAAGAGGCACUGAAAUUGUUUGUCUGUGUGGCAGAUAAUGGAUUCAGAUGGAAUGACCACACUUUUGCUAGUGCUUUGAGUGCUUGCUCGGGUUUGAAGAGCUCCAAACUUGGAAAGGAAAUCCAUGCUUGGGUCUUGAAGAAUGGGAUGACAUCAAAUCCGUAUAUAGUCAGUGGCAUUGUUGAUGUCUACUCCAAGUGUGGUAAUAUGUGUUAUGCAAAGUCAGUUCAUGUAGCAAUGGGGUCCGAAAAUUCCUUUUCGGUAAGCUCAAUGAUUACUGGUCAUGCUUCUCAUGGUAACCUAACAGAAGCACGAAAACUUUUUGAUUCAUUGACUGAAAAGAACGCUGUUGUUUGGACAGCUUUGUUUUCUGGGUAUCUCAAAUACCAGAAAUGCGAAGCUAUAUUUGAACUUUUAGGUGAGUUCACGGCAAAGGAAUCAAUAGUUCCUGAUGCUGGGAUUCUCAUCAGUGUGCUUGGUGCCUGUUCAAUACAAGCAGCCCUGGAUCCUGGGAAGCAGAUCCAUGCUUACAUUCUAAGGAACGGGAUUGAAAUCGAUAAGAAGCUUUUUAGUGCUUUGGUUGAUAUGUACUCAAAAUCCGGGAGUAUUACCUACGCAGAAAAACUUUUUAAAAGUGAUUUUGACAGAGAUAUAAUCCUGUACAAUGUGAUGUUAGCUGGUUAUGCUCACCAUGGGCAUGAAAAUAAAGCUAUCCAGAUUUUCAAUGAAAUGUUGGAGAAAGGUAUGGGACCUGAUGCAAUCACCUUUUUAGCGCUGCUAUCAGCUUGUCGACACUCUUGCUUGGUGGAAUUGGGUGAGCAGUUCUUCUACUUGAUGGAAAAAGUGUAUAAUGUUUUACCCGAAAUUGAGCACUAUGCUUGCAUGAUUGAUUUGUACGGGAGGGCUAAUCAACUUGAUAAGGCAAUAGCAUUCAUGAGAAAGAUCCCUAUAGAAUCAGACACCAUUUUAUGGGGGGCAUUCAUGAAUGCUUGUAGGGUAAACGGGAAUGCCGUACUUGCUAGAGAGGCAGAGGAGAGACUAUUAAAACUUGAAGGAGACAUUGGUGAUCGGUAUGUACAGUUGGUUAAUUUCUAUGCAGCAGAAGGAGAUUGGGAUGAAGUUUGCAGAAUAAGGAAGAAGAUGAAAGGGAAGGAGGCCAAGAAGACCGCUGGUUGCAGUUGGUUAUAUGUGGAAAAUGGUGUUCAUAUAUUUAUCUCUGGUGAUAAAGCCCACCCAAGAGCAGAGGCUAUAAAUUGUACCUUAGCCUUAUUGACUGAAGAACUGUAUCAGAUAUCUCGAGCCUCCGCUGGGAUCAUAAUUUGAAUGUCGUCGUCUCAACACAACUAAUUAUGAUGCUCAGAACAUUCAGUCACUAAAUCAGAUAUAGGACUGGUAUUUCCAUGCCGUCCGCAUUCAUUCAUUUUCAGGAGCAGAAUAAUGCAUUUAUUGGUCAAGUGCCUGGGUAGAGACUCCAGAGUACCAUUAGCGGAUGCCAAUUUGUGCAUAUGAAUUGAAUUCGGCAAUGGAGUGACAAUGGUAUUAUUGUUCCUUCAUCUUGGUGGAAAUGCUUGAAGAGUGUUAACUGAGAGCAAUUCUAUAACAUGGAAAAAUCCAAUGCGGCAGAAAAAUUUACAAUGGCGUCGUGGGAAUAACCCCGUUCACACUCUAAGGAGACACUGACAAGCUAUCUUCCUUCUGUAGAAGCUGGGGGCAUUCACAACUGAUUGGAAGGAGCAGGUAAUGCUUUCUUGUGUUGUUUACUUGUUCUCUUUGUAGGCAUGGUCUUCUGCUCAUGAGAAUAUCAAUGUUGUUUAUUUUCCAACUGUAAAGUUCCAAUCCGCCUUCCCCGUUGAUUCAAGAAAGUAAAGAGGUAACACUUUGGACGAUACAAGUAAAUAAUUUAUUCUGUAAAACCGUGGAAUUGUGAAUUGACAAGUUGAAUCGGUUAAAUUGUUGUCAAUCAGAUGGAAAUUUUCAGUCGAGAAACCUUGUCAAUCUUUGUUUCUGCUACGACGUUACAUCAGAGUUGUCAAGACCAGGGGGACAUCAUUUCUUUCACAAAUAGUAAUUGUAAAUACUGAUGCAUUUAAAGAUGAUAGCUAGCUCCCAUCUCUUCAGUUCACUACAACCAAACUCUGAUACUCCUAAACCGCGAUGGCUGCUUUCAUGGCGUCGUUCGGGAGAAGAUCUGCGCCAUGUUCCAAGAAUAACUUAAACAAAUUGCAGCUGAAGCCACCCAACAAUUUGCCCCCUUGUUUUGUUGAAGACACCAACGUUGCUGGAUUCCUCAGCCCCCAAAACAGAACUUCUGGCACCACAUCGCUGUUGCCGUUGUCCUCAAACUUUGUCUGUAUUGCCGCAUUACUGUGCCUCCACAAGAAGUCAGUGCAGUUCUCCUUGACCUCAGAUUUGUUGGAAAUAUGCUCUGAAAGUCAAUCAUAGGUUGACAUCUUUCAGGAAAACGAAAAAUGCAGAAAACGAAAAACGCAGAACAUAAAUUUAGCUUAAUUCUGUAGAACAUCAAACCACCACUAAUAUCAAACUGAGACUAAUUUGGACUAAAAAUAGACUGUUGGGCCUGUUCAAGGCCCAACAUUCUGACUUAUGUAUGAAGUUUAAUGGGUAUUUAAUUUAUGCAGAAGAUUAACAGUGCACGAUCCAAAAUUUAAAAGUGCUUUAUGACGUGGCAAUUGUGGGUGGCAAAAACUCUCUUUCACACCAAAGGAAUAUUGCUUAGUCGAGUUUCACAAAGAAAAAAGUAAUUUCCAGUUGCAAGUUCAUAGUUUCAACGGGAUAAAAGCUCGAGUAUGCAAGUGAAAACUCACCCUCUGAUAGCAAUCACAUUAGCCACUUGGAUCAAGGAGUAUGAACUGAAGGGAGAAAGGCUUACUCUGGAAGAAAGAGGCAGUUCUAUAAAAGGCAAUAAAAAUGAAGAAGAAAAUGAUACUCAACUCAACAUACAAAAAAUUUCAAAUCUUUGCAGCCUACUUCCUCAUUACAUUUAUAGCUUUGCUACUUUCUUCGCAACAUCGAUUUAUUUUUACUAAAUUUUCUUUCCCAAAUACAUCUUGUACUUGCAAGAAGUUGCCCAACUGGCUUUGCCCGAAUAGGUUUAAAUCGUGCUCAUUUGCUUGUAUUUAUUAUUUAUCUUCAAGUU